AUGUCUUCAAAAGUCUAUUCCACCCAGAUCAUCCUAUGUGACAAUGCAGGCCACGAGAUUAUGGUGAGGCAGAAAGUGCCUCCUGAAGCCGACAGCCAUGAGACGGCCAACACGACUCGACAGCAACUCGUCGAUUUCUGGGCAUCAGGCCUGCCCAAUGGCGAAGACGAGGAUGAAAUUAUGCAAUAUCCUACUUCUCAUACAGUCCAUGAGGUCACUAUGAAAGGCACAAGUCCAACUACUGAUGACUCCACAGGAACCAGGUCGGAGUUACUAGACGUAACGAAGAUAUACUAUAUGACUGACCAAGGUGGGUAUCAUCUGGUUCCAUGUAGUGGUUACGACUGUAUUGGUCAUUCGAAUCAAACCACUGCUCAAACGCAAGGUGAUCCAGAAGGAGUUUAUUGUAAUCCCAAUAUUGGGUCAAAAUGGUAUGAUAUACCCGCAGAUCCAUUCGUAGGAAAUUUCAGUGGUAGUCCCUUAUACGAUUUGAUGAGUAAAGUAAAGAGGUCUCCAAGAGAUAAAUCAAAAUCAUCAUCUAGAGGAACCAACCGACAGCCAGUUGAGAAUCGUAUCGACGUACUGAGCCGAUAUCACUUACCGUCAUGUACCGACUCCCUGUGUCCUGGAUCGGCCGAUCCUACCAAUGCGAGCAGGAAGGGUAUAGAAGGUAUGAGUAGGUGUAGACCUGAUUUGAGAUACCACUUCGAUCACGGAAUAUCCCCUACGGAGGAUGUUGAUGUAAUUCAAGACCCAGAGACAUCCUUGUUAGAAUUGAAAGGAAAAUUGGAAAGGAUGGCUAUAUGUGAUGAAGAUGGUACUUUGAUUUUACCUGAAUAUCCUAUUGACCAAAAUCGACAACCAUUAGAGAGAUCUAUCCGCUUGGAUGGACCAAUGACCGGACAAGGAUUGAGUUUUGGAGAAAGAAUGAACGAUAUCGAAUAUUCAAUAACAUCCCCCUCUCACCACAGAGUAGGGCAGCAAUGGUAUCUUGCUGAUUUUGUUGAUGAUGAUCAGCAAAUUUCUUCUUCUCCUGUAGCUCACGAAUCGAUCAGAAGAGAAGUAUGUCCUGAAGAAACAGAUGGGAUCGAUAGAAGAGUCAGACAAAAGAACAUCUCAAAUAGACCUACUAAGAGAGCUGUAUCUAGAUCAAUACCUCGUACGCCUACUUCUGGGCUUAGGAAUGAUCAAGAUGAUCUAUUCACUCGUAGGCACAUCUGGGGCUCACCUCAAUCUGAAAGUACUCCUAACACAUAUUAUAGUCCGGAAACUGGAUCUGGAAGGGGGAAGAGCUCAUACACCAAAAGUGGCCCCAGGCAUAACUCCAGAGGAUAUCCUAGGGCAAUCCAGGGUUUACGAAGAGUUGGAAAGAGAGAACAGAUGGGUUUGAGGUAG